CACGUAUUUAGCACAUUUCCGCCAUUCUGCCGUUCUUUGUGAUAAUGUCGGCUCAACAUGAGGACAGACCUAGAGACAAUGGCCCUGAGGGCAUGGAGCCAGAUGGAGUCAUUGAGGGCAACUGGAAGGAAGUCGUGGAUAGUUUUGAUGACAUGAACCUGCGGGAAAAUCUUCUCAGAGGAAUUUAUGCGUAUGGUUUUGAGAAACCUUCUGCCAUUCAGCAGAGGGCUAUUCUCCCUUGUAUCAAGGGUUAUGAUGUCAUUGCACAGGCUCAGUCUGGAACAGGGAAGACGGCCACUUUCGCCAUCUCCAUCCUGCAGCAGAUUGACAUCGAUCAGAAGGCGACACAGGCUAUGGUCCUGGCUCCCACCAGAGAGCUAGCCCAGCAAAUCCAGAAGGUGGUCCUUGCCCUGGGUGACUACAUGGGCGCCACUUGCCACGCCUGUAUCGGUGGGACCAAUGUCCGUAAUGAAGUGCAGAAGCUGCAAGCAGACGUACCCCACAUAGUGGUGGGGACACCUGGGCGGGUCUUUGACAUGCUCAAUCGCCGAUAUCUCUCUCCCAAACAGAUUAAGAUGUUUGCACUGGAUGAAGCUGAUGAGAUGUUAAGCCGGGGAUUCAAGGAUCAGAUUUAUGAAAUUUUCCAGAAGUUGUCUUCAGAUAUACAGGUGAUUCUCCUGUCAGCCACCAUGCCUCAGGAUGUGCUUGAGGUCACGUCCAAGUUUAUGCGGGAUCCUGUGAGGAUCUUGGUCAAGAAAGAGGAGCUGACCCUGGAGGGUAUCCGUCAGUUCUACAUUAAUGUGGAAAAGGAGGAGUGGAAACUGGAUACUUUAUGUGAUCUGUACGAGACUCUGACCAUAACCCAGGCCGUCAUUUUCAUCAAUACCCGUCGGAAGGUGGAUUGGCUGACCGAGAAGAUGCAUGCUAGAGAUUUUACCGUUUCUGCUUUGCAUGGAGACAUGGACCAGAAAGAGAGGGACUUGAUCAUGAAGGAGUUCCGCUCUGGAUCCAGUCGUGUCCUCAUCACCACUGACCUGCUGGCUCGUGGCAUUGAUGUGCAGCAGGUUUCCCUGGUCAUCAACUAUGACCUUCCUACUAACAGGGAAAACUACAUCCACAGGAUUGGCCGCGGUGGCCGUUUCGGCAGAAAGGGUGUCGCCAUUAACAUGGUGACGGAAGAUGACAAGCGCACACUCCGGGACAUCGAAACGUUUUACAACACCACCGUGGAGGAGAUGCCUAUGAACGUGGCCGACUUGAUCUAAAACCUUUCUCUGCUCCUCCUCUUGCUCUGCCCUUUGUUUCUUUAGCUCCUAAUACUGAAGAGCUUUCCUUUUUUCGUUUCCCUUGUAAUUCCAUUGUCUAACCCCAGUGAGAGCCAGACAUGAUAUCAUUAUCCUUUUUUUUUUUUUUUAAGAACUUCAUGGGUUCUUUUUACAAUUUGAAAUGAUUGACUUCAAGUGAGCCUUAUGCAACGAAGCUAUUCCUUAAACGAGGUGUUCCGUCUGUAAUUUGAACAUGAGCCAUCCGGGGCUUAUUUGUAUUUACGGACUGAAGAGCUUGGCACCAAAUGGGUAAAGUGGACUUGAUUUUGUUUGACUUUCCAUUUUGCCCUAAAUUUUGGCUACUUUAAUAGUUUCUUGAAAAUGUUAUCAUGUUUACAAAGGCUGGUGGGUCUUGUGGCGCCCAUCUUUGCUUUUGGGUGUUUCAAUAUGGAUUCGUCUUGUAUUCCCAGUAUUAACUUGUACUUUCUGAGCAGGGAGUACUGAAGCCCUUGGGUUUUUGCAGUAUGCUUCCUGCCAUCUCCAUUAUAAAGUCCAAAAUCCAUAACUGUUAUUACCAAACUUUUUGGGUUUUUUUGUUUGUUUUUGUUUUUUUUUCCCCCCCUUCGUUCAUUUAAACCACUUGUAUAGUGCUGUUGUGUAGUAGCAUUUUUUUUUUUCCUUCUAAAUAGACAUUUAUCUCCCUGGUGCAGAAGGUGGCAAGGUGUUGUAAGGUGAGGUUACCACCGCAUGGCAUAUUGUAUAGAUUCACUGUAUUAAGUCCUUUAUGUAUUGGGAGUGUUGCUCCAGUAACCUACCUCACCAAAAUAAAUUGGAGGGGUCUUUUGAAGGACCAAACUACAGAUGAUUAAGUAUAUAGAGAUUAUAAUGUUUGUUUGUGAUUUGUUUUUGUUUGGGGUUUUGUUUUUGUUUUUUCCUUUCCUCUAGUUUUGAAGAAAAAUGCCUGUCUUGUGGGUUGGUUUGGGUUGGGUUUACAUUGGUCAGUACUAUUUUUAAAUAAAUUUGUUAAUGAUAAUCUUUUUCAGACAGAAGCCAUGUAUUAAACGUUUUUCUACAUUGGAUUCUGAAUAGUAUUUAUUUUAAUUCUCUUAAAUAAAGGUAUUUCUCCUUUUUAACAAGUAAAA